AUGACAGUAGUUGACUCAACUGAUCCGGAAUUUGAUAAACAGAUGGUGUCUCUUUGCAUUAACGUUGGUCAUCAGAAACUGAUAGCCGAAGAUGGUGGUGAUUUGGAUAAGAGGGAGACUGUUGGUGUCAGAGUUCAUCACGUUUUCCCUGCAGCUGUGCAAAGAGGACUCUACAACUAUGUAUCAUACCAUCACAUCUAUUUUAUCUAUGUUUAUAGAUUUUUCAAGUGUUGCAGUGGUUACAGAUGGGAUAGUAAUGCUGAAAAAUGUGUCCCUUGUGAGCCAGGGUAUCUUGGGAUAGAUUGUGCACGGAAAUGCGACUUUCCCUACUUUGGGAAGGGAUGCCAGCUAUACUGUAACUGCUCUAAAGAUCAGUGUAAUCUUAGAAAAGGAUGCCCAAAAGGUGAUUGUAAACCAGGCUAUUUUGGUGAGUUUUGUGACUUGAAAUGUCGGUAUCCAAGUUUUGGUACGGUCUGUCAGGAUAAAUGUUUGUGUGAACAGGAGAGGUGUGAUCCUGUAAAUGGAUGCCAAGGAAGUUUAGAAGGUAAUUUCAUGGAAGUGGUAACAACACCUACUCCAAAGUCCAGGAUGACCCAUAAUAUUUCCCUAUCACUAGGACAUGAUGCUGAUGUGAACAGAAAAGUUCCUUCACGAGACACUUCAUCCGUUCUAUCUACCACUCCAGAUAUGACUAAAGAAACGCCACUUCAAAGUGACGCUGCAGCAAUGUGGAAAACGUUGAACGAGAAGGAAAUAGGGAUGGUUAUCAGCAUUACGACGCUAGGACUACUGUUUAUUGUCUUAACAGCUAUGUACAUCUGGGUAUCUCAUCGCAUUCGUGUAGAAAGAAAUAAUCGUAGGAAAACAACUGAAGAUUUGUAUGAGAACUCUGCAGUAUACAAAACCCGGGUAAUGUGUUAUAAAAUGCACUGUUAUGAAGUACACUGCAUCAAGACAUGGUGUGUAAAGCCUGUAUUCGUAUUUACUUAUCCUUUGUAAUACGUAGAGUUUUCAUGCUUCAUUAUGUAAAAUGUUAUUUGUAAACUGUGACUUGCUGGUUGUCUUUCAAUUUGAAAUAAUCAAACUACGUAGUAUAUGAUACAUUUAUAGAUGAGGGAAACCUGUCUAUUUAGUAAUAUAAAACAAUGAACAAAUGGUAUUAUCUGUUUAAGAUCUGCACCACCCAUUUUGCAAAUAUGAUGCUAUAUCUUUAUCAUAGCAUUCUGAAGAAGAUAUCAAUGUCCUAUAUAUUUGGUCGGGAUCUAACCACAUCGUUCUACAGACUGUUUUAUAGACCCAGGCCGUAUUAGUCCGGAA